AAAUUAGAAUGAGAUGUGAGAUCAUUGACAUAUAUUCAUUGUGAGAUGAUGAGCAACCAAAACAAAACAUUAACAUUUUAAUUUAACACACCCAUUUGAUUACUAAUAACAUUUUAAAAACGGCUCUUAAGACACGAUGAAUUACGUAUAUCUUUGUAUUCUUAUUGUAAUAUUAGUGUUAGUUAAGAAAAGUGAAGCAGUAAGAUGCUAUCAAUGCGGAUCAGAUGAAGAUGGCAAAUAUGAAGACAACUGUGGUGCCUAUCAAAAAUUUGACAAAUUGAAUCACAUUGCCAUUGAAUGUAAUAGUGAGGAAAGUCAUAUGCCUGGUUCUUUUUGUAUGAAAUUUACUCAACAAAGUCCUAGAGGUUUUAUUUGGGAUGGCAGAUGGAGACAAGUAAUAAGAAGAUGUGCAUCUGUAGCUGACACGGGAGUAACAGGAGUAUGUAACUGGGGGGUGUAUGAAAAUGGCAUUUAUUGGGAAGAAUGUUAUUGUUCAGAAGAUGAAUGUAAUAGUGCACAUAUGACUAAAAUAUCAAUAUUUUCAGUUAUUAGUUUUAUCAUUUUACCAAUUAUGAGGUAUAUUUGGAACUAAAAGAUAUAUUAUCUUAUUAGUUUGUUGACUAAUGAAAGUAGUCAGAUAGAAAAAAAAAUGAAGUAAAUUAAUAUUGUCAGUAAAGACGUAAUAUACAAAAAGAAAAAUUAUUUUUCAAGUACAAUAUUUUGCAAAAGUAAAAAUUUGGAUUAAAUUCAUAACUGCCUUUUGAGCUAAAAAUAAUUUUUCUGUGUUUUUAUUAAGUACAUUAUAUUUGAAACAUAAUUUAAUUUAAGGUAUUUCAACAUUUUACUGACGAAAUCAAUUUACAGGAUAAGACCUUUAGACUAGUCUGAAGAUGUCUUCCCAAGUACGUUCAAACAAAACAGUUUAAUUUUAGUAGAUUUUGUACAAUUUUUAGGUCUUAUACUUAUAAUCACUUCUUAGUUUUAUUUGUUGACUUGUUGUAAUGUAGAAACAAUGAAAAUGUGCCUUCAUAUUUAGAUCACAUCCAUUUGCCAUUUACAGUGAAUAUUAUGAAUAGGAAAUUCUGUCAAGAUUCAUAAAUAAAGCAAGGGUGAUCAACUAUUUCCAUUAAUUUUAGAGUUGGUGCAAAACCUCUAGUCCAGGGCGCAUUUGUUUUGAGAUGGACGUUGAGAGGCUACUCAUAUUUUUUUGCAGAAAUUGCUUGGAAUUAACUCAUACAAUAGUAAUAGAGUUAUCCUUCCACUCAAAAAGGUCCGGAACAUUGUUUAAAUAACCAAUUCGAUUUUUUUCUCCGUUUUUUGAUUAUAACUUUAAAAGUAUUCACUUCCGAGGAAAGUUGUACUGACGUAAAAGUUGGUAAUUAAAUUUCCUACAAUAUAGGAUUGGUUAAAAAUUUUAAAAAUUGUUACCUUUGUUGCAAAAUAGCAAUAAUUGCGAAAAAAAAAAAACAUAAAAACAAAUAUUUGCAUUUUACGUUUUUUAACCAUUUAUGCUCCACUUAGGACCUUCAUAGUUUACCCAGAAAAACUUUAUGAUAUAAUAAAACAAUAAUUUAAAUUUCAUUAAGAUCGGUUCAAUAGAUUUUGCAAUCCAGCUUUCGCAAAAAAAAUUCAUUUUUUCAAAAUAUUGCAGGACUGAAAAUAAAGCAGAUAGCAAGUUGAAUUUUUUUGCAUAUAGAAGAAUACUGUACCUUUCAUUUGGAAUUAUGCAAAAAUCUGCAAAAUUAAAAUCUGUUAACUAGCACGGCGUCAGGAAUUUUUUUAAAUAAACAAUAAUUUUUGGUGCUACGCGCAGGACAGCGGUGUUCGAUUCACACAAGUUGAUUUCUACCAAAAUUUCUUCCAAUCUUUAUCUAAUAUAUUAUUUUCUCACUCUAUAUGUUGUUGUAUUUUAAUAUUUUAAUUCCACAAAAAUCAAACUAAUUUGAUUAUUGUUUGUGAAAUAUUGUUUAAACAAUUGCAUAUUAUGUUUAAAAAUAAUAAACUUUUAUUCUCUAAGUUAAAAUAUAUGAACAAAGAAAGUUUUUGCUAUAAAAAGUGUAAUUUCAAAGGACAGAGUAUGUGUUUUUAUUUUGCAAUAAACAAAUUUAUUUAUUUAUAUCGAAAUAUACUAAAAAUUAAAAUUUAUCAAUCAUUAUAAAAGGUCACUGGAAUGCCCAAUCAGAGCAAACGUAUCCGCUGUCCUGCGCGUAGCCCCAAAGAUUAAUGUUUAUUUAAAAACAUUUCUGACGCCGUGGUAGCUAACCGAUUUUAAGUUUGCAAAUUGAAAAUGAAAGGUAAAGUGUUCUUCUAUACGUAAAAAAAAUUCAAGUUGCUGUCUGCUUUAUUUUUAGUCCUGCAACAUUUUGAAAAAACGAUUUUUUUUGCGAAAGCUGGAUUGCAAAAUUUAUUUUGCAAAAUCUAUUAUACCGAUCUUAAUGAAAUGUACACUAUUGUUUUAUUAUAUCAUAAAGUUUUUCUGCGUGAAAUAUGAAGGUCCUAAGUGUAGCAUAAAUGGUUGAAAAACGUAAAAUGCAAAUACUUGUUUCUUUUAUCAUUUUUUCGCAGUUAUUGUUAUUUUGCAACAAAAGUGACAAUUUUUUAAAUUGUUAACAAAUCCUAUAUUGUAGGAAAUUUAAUUAGGCAACUUUUAUGCCAGUGCCACUUUUCUCGGAAAUGAAUACUUUUAAAGUUAUAUCAAAAAACGAAGAAAAAAAUACAAUUUUUCCUUCAUUUUUUGACGUUUUGUAUUUAAACAAUGUUCCGGACCUUUUUCAGUGGGAGGAUAACUCAAAUAUUAUUAUGAGUUAUUUUCAAGCAAUUUCUGCAAAAAAAUAUGUCACCUCUCAACAUCCAAAUGGACUAAUAUUUUAUGGUCUACUCAUGAAUGUUGAAAAUAUGCAUAACCGAAAAAAAAUAAUCCUAAAAACAUUUGACUAUUUUAGAGGUAAUGGAUUUUGACAAGAGCUAUGAGUCAUGCCGAUUCAGUACACAAGUUUAUCUAUUAUUUACAAGGACAUACAGUCCGUACAAUAUAGAUACCGUUGCACGUCAUUAUCUACGUCAGAGAUAUCUAAGUUGACAUUGUUGAGCAAUUACAAAAAAAUUCUUGAAUUCAUUUUAAAUCAAAUAUAUUACAUAAUUAUGUAUUGCGGAACUGGAUUAUACAACAAAACAAAUUAUUAUUCAAUGUAAAUAAUAAAAACAGUAAAUAUACUUAGUAAAACAAAUACUCCUAUGAGUAAAAAAUAAAAACAAAUGUGAAGUGCAAACACCGCAACUGUCAAAUAAAUGUUACCAAUUUAUGCCAAAAUGUCACCUUUGUUCGAUCGCAGCUAGAGUGUAAUCCGAACAAGUGUGCUUUAUAAAAACGCUUUAUAUUCCACUUAUACAAAUUAAAUAAAAUAAGUUAAGGCAUGUUUCUUUAAAUUUACAUUAAUAGAAAUCUUCCAAUAUUAUUUCUACUCGUUUUUAAUAAAAUAUGUCUAGUGGCUGUAAUUCCAGUGCACCCAGCUAAACGAUUUUAAAAAGGAACACACCUACGAUUUAAAUAUUUCUUGUUGGUAUCAUGUGAUGUCACGUGUAUGACGCGGAAUACGUGCAACGGUAUCUAUAUUGUACGGACUGUAGCUCUUGUAAAAAUCCAUUAGAUUAAUUCAUGGUUCAGAUUUAUGCACAGUGGAUGACGAAUUUGGACGUAUUCGGUUUUUUUGUUGUUAACAUAUUGAUGGAUUCAAUGGUAUUAAAAAGUCAAAAUUGAAAAAAUGGAGUUAGUGGAUUUUUCCAGUAGGCCCACGAAAUAUAACAUGACACAUGACUAUUGAUUUCAAAAAUUCUGGAUGGUACAUAAUGAUCUAAAGCUGAAUCUCUUAGUUAUUAACAAUAAACAUACAGUAUUUCAACUUUUAUUAUGUGUAAAAAACGAAUCUCUUUCAGCCAACAAACUGAAUCUCUUUUAUUGUUGGGUUUUAACUUUAUUAAAUUAAGUGUUUAAGCGAUGCUAUUACAAUUCCGUCCCUUUUAUUGUAUUUUUUUUUAUAUAAAAAUCAUAUUUCCGUCCAUCUUAUUGUAUUUUUUAUAUUAUACGUUAUAUUUUUUAGAGCACUUUAUACAUUUGCUAAUAAAAUUGUAUGCUAACA